AUGUUAGCUGAAAAGGUUCCACAUGGUCACCUACUUCCCGACGAUAUGCAUUUUUCGUCUAAGCAAUUACUUCAUCUUUUCUUAAAACUUCAAUUUAUGCUUAACUCGAAACGCCAAUAUGAAGCACAGCCCGAGUCCGAUGAUGCAGCUUUAUCGGACAUGAGGUUUUACAACGAUUAUGAUUAUGAGGACGAAUUAGAGGGCGAAUUUGGUAAUUCAGACGAAGAGAAAUAA